ACGUGAUUGUUCGUUUGUGCCAUAAUUUCCUCUUCGCUGCUGUUGUACACUGCAUCGAGUGUGACAUCCCUAGCUAGUAUUUAUAGAUAUAAACAAAAUGGAUUUCAACGUAAAGAAAUUAGCUUCUGGUGCUGGACUCUUUUUCACACGGGCCGUCCAGUUUACAGAGGAGAAGUUGGGCCAGGCGGAGAAGACCGAGCUGGACGCUCACUUUGAGAACCUGAUUAGCCGCGCAGACUGCACCAAACACUGGACAGAGAAAAUCUUAAGACAGACGGAGGUUCUACUGCAGCCCAACCCAAUUGAUCAUACUGGUGCCAGAAUUGAAGAGUUUCUGUAUGAAAAAUUGGACAUGAAGGCACCAUCCAGGGUUACUAAUGCAGAGCUUCUCAGUCAGUAUAUGGAAGAUGCAGCAAAGGAAUUUGGCUCUGGAACUCCAUAUGGAAGCACUUUGAUUAAGGUGGGGGAAUGUGAGAGAAGAUUGGGAGCAGCAGAGAGGGAGUUCAUCCAGACAUCGGCCAUCAGCUUUCUCAACCCUCUCAGGAACUUUCUGGAAGGAGACUGGCGGACCAUUUCAAAAGAACGUCGUCUGCUGGAGAAUCUUCGACUGGACCUGGAUGCCUGUAAAACACGUGUGAAGAAGGCAAAGGCGGCUGAGGCCAAGGCUGCGUGCGAGGGUGACAUGGUCCCAGAUUUCCAGGAAACCAGACCUCGCAACUAUGUGCUUUCUGCCAGUGCUUCUGCGCUCUGGACUGAGGAAGUUGAAAAAGCUGAGCAGGAGCUCCGACUGGCCCAGACGGAGUUCGAUCGGCAAGCAGAAGUUACACGGUUGCUUUUGGAAGGCAUCAGUAGUACACACGUAAAUCACUUGAGGUGUCUGCAUGAGUUUGUGGAGGCCCAAGCAGCAUAUUACAAGCAGUGUCAUCUCCAUAUGCAAGAACUCCAGAAAGAGCUGGGAAGGCUUCCCAAUGCUUUUGCAUUGAACUCCACUCACUCCAUGGCGGCUCCCGGCUCUGCAUCAGAUGACAUUAGCAGCCCAGUGGAGACGGAUACCCUGAAGAUCGAAGAAGUUCAAGCACCAGCUACAGGAACCCGCAAAGCCAAAGUUCUUUAUGACUACGAUGCUGCUGACUCCAGUGAGCUUUCCCUACUAGCUGAUGAGCUGAUUACCGUUUACACAGUGCCGGGAAUGGACUCUGACUGGCUGAUUGGAGAGCGAGGAAACCUGAAAGGAAAAGUGCCAGUCACAUACCUGGAGCUUCUCAGUUAGAGGACACACAUGUGCAUGUGCAUGAGUGUGAGCGGGCACAACUGAAGCCACGAGGAUAUUUAUUUUUAUUUAACAGAAUUUCACUCUUACACUAACAUGUAACCUUCAGUAACACUCCUCCACAUUAUACAUUAAGAAAAGAUGACACUGAAAUGUGCUCAUAAAACGGUUAAGAUGGAGACAUUGUUACAGUGAGGAGGAAAUCCAUUAUUAUUAUUAUUAUUAUUAUUAUCAUUAUUAUUAUUAUUAUCAUUAUUAUUAUGUAUUUUUUCUGUUUUUUGUCCUCCAUUCCAAAUGUUCCUUCCAAACUUGAUCUUUUCUUUGUUUUCCCUUCAUGCUCUUAUGUUUGCGGUUGUUCAUAAGCUCUCUACUAAAAUCUGAUGGAGAUUUAAGAAUUUUAUUUGCUCAUAUUUUUUCCUGUGUCAACAUUGGACAUUCAGGCUUGAUUUUGGCUGCAGAAUUUCAUGCUUCUUGUUUGAAGUGAUGUUGAAACCUGAAAAAGAAGAAGUGAAAAAGGAAUGUGGUCACUUUUUUUUGUGUUGACGUAUUAAUCUUGUUAUUAGCAGAGUUAAACGCACGUUUGGCCUUUAAAAUCCUGGGGAAAAAAAAUAAGUUUGUAACUGCUUUUUAGUUUUAAGGCAUAAACAUGUGCAGAUAUUUCCUCUUUCUGUGAACCAAGAUUACAUAAACAGCACAGCAGUCCUUUCAUUAACCCUACAAAUGCGUAACACGUGAAACAUUUUUGCUUACACUGAAGAUUUCACGCACAGUGUGAAACGGCAAAAACAACUCCUCAUGGAUGGAAGAAGAUUUGCCUUAACAGCAGUUUGAAGUGAAUGUAAAACUUGUCAUCUUUGUAAUUUAACAUGAAUUGAAAUGGAUCUAUUUGUCUUUUUCAUUUCUUUUUGUCUUUGAUUCCCACAUGUUUGCUUUGCACCACAGAUAAAGUGUAGAGGAGCAUAAAUACCUGCAGCAAAAUACACAUGAACCCAUCCUAACUGCCUUAAGACGAUGGGAAAGAACCGAUCAGACCAUCAGAAUGUGCUUUUCACAAUACUGACUUAUUGACCACAGCAGCCAGCAUGCAAUUCUGUAAAUUACACCAGUGUUUAGUUGUUCUUUUUUAUUGUCUGCUCUUCAGUGUUUAUUUAUUUAUUUAUUUACAGUGUUGCCUGUAUGUUUGUUUACACAUGAAGUGUCUUCACUCUUAGUGCUGCAUGUGCUACAAGCUAGUAGCCCGUCCUGCUGGAAGUGUGUGUGAGAAAGUGAGUUUAUGAAGUAAUUAAAUCUGGUUGUGUGAGAUCUCAACAAACCAGUGAGCUCUCUCACAUCCAGUGUGUAUAUGCACUGUUUAUUUACACAGCUUAGUGUGAUGGGUUUUUGUGAAAUAAACAUUUUAAGGCUAUUUUACCUCCUUGUGUCCUGCUUUCCUCUCUUGUGUUCCCCUUUAGUAUUUGUUUUGGCACUAUUGUACUAUAUUUUAUAUCAGUUUGUUAUAAGGUUUUGCCUGUUCCUGCCUUCUGACAGACCAAAAUGUGUGGGGUUUAAUAAAGUCUGUUGUUUAUUUGAA